GCACAGUUUGAGACAGAAAUACUGCGGGGAGCGAGCAGCGCGUCGCCGAUCAGAGGGGCACGGAACCGCGCAGCGCGUCGCCGAUCAGAGGGGCACGGAACCGCGCAGCGCGCUCCCGGAGACUCAGGGAAACUUCGGCUCGCCAGAUAGACGCGAACAGAUACGCAGGGAUUGGAAAAAAAUUAAAGCAAAGGUUCGUGCAGACAAAACAGAACAGCGGUCUGGGAUUCACUCGCGGAACCAUUCCGGUGCAAGCAUGGAAGAUCUCGACGCUCUGUUAGCUGACCUCGAGUCCACGACCUCCCACAUCUCGAAGAGGCCCGUGUUCCUGCAGGAGGAGACGCCCUACUCCUUCCCCACCGGCAACCACACCUACCAGGAGAUCUCGCUGCCCCCCCCGGUGCCCCCCCCUCCCUCCGCAGAGGCUCUGAACGGGAGCGUCCUCGACCCGGCGGACCCGUGGCAGAGCCCAGCCAGGUUCACACCCCAGCAGCCUCAGGCUGUGAAAAGCGUCGCCUCUGUUUCACGAGAGAGCAGCAGCCCUCCUCCCAGCCGCCCCAGCGAGGAGGACCACGUCUACAGUUUUCCCAACAAGCCAAAGACUACUGAUCCCUCCCAGGCAACCAUGAGCUCGUUCCUGGGCAGCAACCUGUCGGAACUGGACCGUCUCCUGCUGGAACUGAACGCUGUCCAGCACAACCCGCCCUCCUUCGCCACCACAGAGGACACCCCGCCCCCCCUGCCGUUGGUCAGCACCACCCACUACGGCGUGCAGGAGAACGGGGGCUCGGCCGGCAAGAAGGCUCCCCCUCCCGCCAAGGAGAAGCCGAAGCGCAGCGGGGGGCGCGGCAUCGAGGACGUGCGCCCCAGUGUGGAGAGCCUGCUGGAUGAACUGGAAAGCUCUGUCCCCAGUCCAGCGCCUGUUUCGGUUGCGGUGCUGCAGUGUGAUGUGGGGGGCGAGGGGCAGCGCGACACCCCCACCCAGCAGCAAGCCCGGAUAUCAGCCUCCUCCGCCACCCGGGAGCUGGACGAACUCAUGGCCUCCCUGUCUGACUUCAAGGUGCAGAGCAAUAUCAUGGCCCAGGGGAAGGGUGGCGGGGGGUCCCCCCCAGCCGGAGCCCCCAAAGCUGGGAACAAGCUGGACAGCAUGCUGGGCAGCCUGCAGUCUGACCUGAACCGGCUCGGGGUUCAGACCGUAGCCAAGGGGGUGUGUGGAGCCUGCAAUAAACCCAUCGCAGGACAGGUGGUCACGGCGAUGGGCAGGACUUGGCACCCGGAGCACUUCGUGUGCACCCACUGCCAGGAGGAGAUCGGCUCCCGCAACUUCUUUGAGAGGGACGGGCAGCCUUACUGUGAAAGGGACUAUCACAACCUCUUCUCCCCGCGCUGCUACUACUGCAACGGCCCCAUCCUUGACAAAGUUGUGACCGCGCUGGAUAGGACCUGGCACCCGGAGCACUUCUUCUGUGCCCAGUGCGGAGCUUUCUUUGGUCCUGAAGGGUUUCAUGAGAAGGAUGGCAAGGCGUACUGUCGCAAGGAUUACUUCGACAUGUUCGCCCCCAAGUGUGGAGGCUGCGCUCGGGCCAUUCUGGAGAACUACAUCUCGGCUCUGAACUCGCUGUGGCACCCCGAGUGCUUCGUGUGUCGGGAGUGCUUCACCCCGUUUGUUAACGGCAGCUUCUUCGAGCACGACGGGCAGCCCUACUGCGAGGUGCACUACCACGAGAGGCGCGGCUCGCUCUGCUCCGGCUGCCAGAAACCCAUCACCGGCCGCUGCAUCACUGCCAUGGCCAAGAAGUUCCACCCCGAGCACUUCGUCUGCGCCUUCUGCCUCAAGCAGCUCAACAAGGGGACCUUCAAGGAGCAGAACGACAAGCCCUACUGCCAGAACUGCUUCAUAAAACUGUUCAGCUAGAAACAUGCUUAGAAAACCAGCGCUCGAGCGUCUGCUCUUUUUAAAUGUGGUCUCUAGAGACAGGUGGUGGUCUUUUUAUAUCCAGGUGUGUGUUUGUUUUUUUUUUGUUUUUUUUCAAACAUUAGAAAUGUAUAUACACAGUGUGGGGGAUCUGUCAGAGCUGUCAGUGUGAUCUCUACUACAGAAGUGGUCUUUCUGAUACAUCUUCGAGUGUGCUGUCCUGACCCACGCUUACCAAAUCAGUGGUGAUGGGCAGAGCGGCCUCCUCCUCUCUCUCUCUCUCUCUCUCUCUCUCUCUCUCUCUCUCUCUCUCACUGUGUUUCCACUGCUCACUGUUUCUUUAAUCAGGUCUGUUUUGAGUUUUUUUUUUUUUUUACCUGUUCAAGGUGUGUGUGGUUUUGAGUGGGGUUCCUGAGAUCCCGAGGAGGACAGUGAAAUAAAGAAGGGCACUGAGCAGAGCAAAUGCAGUCUCUCUUCUCUCUCUUCUCUUUCUCUCUCUCUCAAUAAGGUGCAUUUUACAGCUUGGUAUGUCAAUAUAUCAGGGCAAUAUUUUUGUAAAAGUUUUCCUAUGGAAAUUUUUCUUAUUUCAAAUAAACAAACCAACAACAAAAAGCAAGCCUGGUCAAAAACAGGUGAAAGGACUCUGCGUUGCACCCCACUGCCUCGGAAAACCAUGCACUGGGAAGGGUAGAAACUCUGCUUCUCUGUGGAAUCAGCAAGUCCCUCUUAACCAGAGUAAACCCAGUGUUUAUAAAGGGCGGUGUCUUGGUUGCCAUAGUAAUUGUUCCAGAAUGUGGGGGGAUUCACAUGCCAGAGAGCAUCAGUGGUGCUGUCUCCCAGGUAACUGACUCCUGACUGAUCCUGCAUCUUCAUGUCUGUGUCGUUUACCACUGGUCUGGAGUGAGUGAGUGAGUGUGUGUCUUAUCAUAGAUGACAGUGUGCCUUCCCUUACCCUGUAAUGUGGCCCCACAAGCAGAAUAUAAACUCUUAUAAAGAUCAGGGGUUGGGAUGUGUUGAGUUGCACCUUAUUGAAAAACAAAAACUGCAAACAGUAAUUAAUAGUGCCAAGGGGAUGCCAGUAUUUAACAGUAAAGACCUUUACCAUGAGUAUUGGUUUUACAGAUUCCUGACUGCAGCCAGUCUAACUGUUGAAUACAAACUGCACCUGCAAUGCGUAUAGGAAAGCCCUGAACUCAGAGGCAGGGUCUCUCUCUGUUUGCAAGUUUAACACUUUAGGGGGAGGGAUUUUAUUCAAAUUCAUGCAAGAGGAUUCAGAUAUUUUUUUACUUCAUAUUGUUAACCUGCGUGGGGCCGAAUCGUUUUUAAAAGUUUGUAAUCAUAAAAAAAGAAAAUAUAUUUCAAUCCUAACGCGUUCUUUUUGAAUCUGGAGUUCAGAACUAUUCAAUGUGGUGGUGAUGGCAAUAACGUUUUCUAUAAAAACUGUCACAUGUAACAAGUCUCUAGAGCCAGUCACUGUUGUAAUCAAUGACUAUUUCAUAGAACAUUUCUAAUAUAGGGUUUGGUUAUUCAUAUCCAUUUUAUACAUUUUUGCUCCUUUUCUGAUAAAGUAUAUAGAUAUAUAAAAAAUAUAUAUGAAAUUUUAACAACAAAGAACCACUUAUUAUAUCCUGCCUCAAAAGUUUUCAAACUCGGACAAACUUCUUAGUUUGCAAAAAAAAAAAAAAAAAAAAAAUAUGUAAUUCUAAUCUAACCUCAGCUUUGUUAAGAUGCUAAAGGUGGUUUUUCGUCUUGAAAACAAAUGAAUGACUGUGAGCUGGGAAACGCCUGUAUAAAGAAAAUGAAUGAUAUUUUAUAGCACCAGCCGGUAUUGCCUGUAAAGGUGACUCCCACGCUGACACGAGAUGACUGAAGUCAUGUUUUGUAACCUUUGAACUGCUGUAUUUUUUCUCCAUGCCUUGGUUUUGUUGGAAUGCCUGUCGUUCAGUUUAUUACCAAUAACUGAAUCCUUAAUGCAAGUCUUAAUUACUGCAGCCUUUUUUCUUUACUUUGUGAGUGUACUAACAUUUUUUUUGGUUUGGUAACUUAUAUAAUUUUUUUAAAUCAAUGUUUUUGAGAAAUGGGUUUAGGCAACGUGCCGACCAAGUAGACAAGAUUGUCUGAAAGAUUAAAAAUGAAUAAACUAAUAAUGCUGAAAGUGAAAAUUGCUUGUUGCUGUCGGGUUAUAUUAUUUCUUGGUGCCAAUGGAAAUAACCAAAUGAUAUUGGCUCCUGUCUGUCAAUAGUAUGAGUAGUCUGUGUUGCGAUCCAAGCUUGUGGCUGAUUUAUUUGUUUUUCAUAGUUGUAAAGUGCCAAACUGGUUUCACUCUGUGCUGUGGACAGAUCGAACAGCCAAUACCUGCUAGGAGGAUGCCAGGAGGAGAAAAAGCAAAUGUGAUAAUGUUUCCUAUUUCUUUAUCUCUGCAUCUGUCUUUGCCUGCCUGACUGUCUGUCUGUCUGUCUGGGCUUGUCUGAAAAUUCCAUUCCAGUCAUGUGACACAACCCCCUUUCAAAGUGGCUGGUCCCUCCUCCUGGCCCUAGGUUGAGUCAGCAGAGUUGAAAGGUCAUGCGGUCACGUGGUUUGAAUGAUACGAGGAAGCCUGUUCAGCGCCGUGCAGUUAGAAUUCUCCGGACAAGCUCAAGGCAAGUCCCAGGCUCUGUACAGCCAGAUCUAGAGAAAUGGGAUGACUCUGUACAGACAGAUCUAGAGAAAUGGGAUGACUCUGUACAGACAGAUCUAGAAAAAUGGGAUGGCUCAGUACAGACAGAUCUAGAGAAAUGGGAAAAUACAGAAAUACAAGGACACUGAAGCGACUUGCUCUGUAAACCUGGAUACACCUCCAGGGUUAGUUUGGCUAAAGUCCCUGUAAUCAAACACCCCAACGUACACUGCUCAUUUUGAGGAAGCCUUAAACUGGCGUUCUGUCGAGCCAUUGUGUAGUUUGUCCUCCUCCUCCUUCUCAAUGGUGUGUGACCCCUUUAAUGAUCUUUUCAAUUCUGUUCAAGCUAAACUGUUUGAUUUAAGCCUUAUUAAUCCGUGUUUACAAGUACAUCGUAUCAAAUUCGAUUUUCUUUAAUCCAAAGGGAACUGUCACGAGAGUAGGCGGAGUACUUUCUAAUUCAUUGUGGGUUUUAUUCUUUCUUAUUCCCUGCUGCCCUACGAAUCACUUUGUAACAAGCUUUUUAUUCUGUGUCUGUGAAACCGAUUGCUGAAGCAUUUCAUUUCAUGUGGUUAUGCAAAUAAAAUGUGCCCUUCUUUUGG